CGUCUGGGGUUAUAUUCUCAACUUGUGUCGGUCGGAGCAAUGGUGAAAUGAGAGUUAAUGCACAGUUGCUUAGGUCCAAGGCCAAGGGGCCGCUCCAGGCGACCGAAUACUUGGACCUGUCAAACUUGGGAAUAGUGGCAAUAGAAAAGUUAAACAACUGUACGAAGCUUCACACCCUGAUAAUACGAGGAAAUGAUAUAUUUGAGGUUGCAAACCUGGAACACUGUACACAGCUCUGGAGACUUGACUUAGGAAACAACUGUAUUAAAAGCUUAGAUGGAUUAUCACGUUUUGUUGCUCUUGGAACUCUUAAUUUAGCCAAUAAUGCUUUGACGUGGCAUGAAUUGGGCAAAAUACGACAUGUUCAUAUCCUGAAUCUUAGUCUUCAUGGUAACCCCCAACUGGAGAAGGACCCCUACUAUCGUAUCCAUGUCAUCGACUGUCUCCCUAACGUUUGGAUGUUGGACGGGAGACUUAUCACCUCUGCUGAACGACUUCAAGUGAAGCACUUCUUCCAGGACUCGGCCCUGACUGAACACCCUAUUCGACACAAGCUAGCUAAGGAAUGGUUUGUGCCAUCCAACCUAAAGAAGAUUGAGGUCAAUGGGGUCUUCGGUGAAAAGGCCACACAUGUAAUGACGAGAUUUCCUACUAAUGGCGUCCAUAAUAUAGAAACUGAUCGACGGCGACUCAAAUACGUGGCAUUCAAUAUACAAGAAGAUCUAAUCAUAGACAAGAAAUACACAAAUCGGGAGUACCAGGUUUUAAAGUACCGUGUUUCCUUCUUGGAGGACCUACUGGAGAUCCGGCCGACGGACCUGGAGAGAUGUAACAUGUUAUUGUUACUGCUGGUAACAUCACUAGAAUUUGUACUCCCAACGCAUCUGGUAAAGGAGACUUUGGAUACGGCCAAGCUCAGUAAAGUCGGGAAAGUGUACACGAUGGAUCUGUUCCUACUCCCAAGGGAUGUCCGCUGUCAGGUGGUCUGUGUUCUCCUGGCCGCUGUUAAGAUUGACAAGGAUGACAGAGAGGAUGGUGGUUUGUAUGACAAGCUCUACUUGUGCCUUUUCUACACCAUUUCUGAACUUAUGAAACUAAGCCAGUCAACCAACAAAAAGCAGACGGCCAUCAAGUCAAAACUCAACACAUUAUACAGUGACUACAAGUGUCUGCUGGCCUCUGAAGUUAUACAACUUCUAUGUAUAGUUCCCGCCUUUUUUGAGUACAUCUCCAAAGACAUAGGAGUGAUGAAUCUGAUCAUGACAGGGACCGGCGACUCCCUGAUAGCCGAGAAGAUAGCCAGAGUAUCCACUGUAGUGGAGGACAAAGGGGGUGAGCUGAAGCGUCUUUAUGAGGACCAGGCAGAGCUGUUGCUACAGAAAGUCCAGGAGCAGUGCCUUAACCUGAGUAACAGGACUCCAAAAAUGCCAUCCUCUGACGAGGUGAUCAAUUCGAUGAAGGCCUUACCUAUGAAGCGUCCUCUCUCUGCCCUUGAGCUGGCUGACUUCCAUUCUAAAGGAGUAACCAGUCCCCACAAAGAUGCCCCUCGGAUCAUGAGUGCCCGGCGACCAUCAGACCGGGGCAGGAAGAGAUUCCCACGUCUUGGUGACAUACUACUACUGGGGCCACAGACACUUGGUAAAAUUGUGUCCCUCCCACAGCCUUUUGUUGCCUUGGUUUCAAUGGAUUCGGUACCAGUGGCCAAUGGAGCUAUGGAGAGCAAACUAAAACACAGUGACGACCACUAUACGUAUAUCAACAUGGACCAUCUUGGUUGGGACCUGGACUUGGGAGUGUGGAAACCCAAGGGAGCCAUUGGUGACAGCCUCCUCAAGGAAUUCCUUGCCAAUCAUAAGUUUCCUAACAGGCUGACCAUGCAUAAUGUGGAGGAUCUACAGAAGGACCUUGAACGGAAGGCCAACAUGGAUGACCACACAGUUCGACCAAAUUCACCCAAUUGGAAUACCCCUACCCCGGGACCUGGUCAGGAACCCCCUCUCAUAUACUCACCCCGUCAUCCCCCUACUACGCCCGAGAAGGCACUUAGACCAAAGGAAGUCCAGGAGACUCCUCGUCCUGUAUCCUCACUACUCAAGGAGAAACUGGAUCUAAAACUAGACCUCACCAGGCGAGUCCUGUCUACGCGAGACCAGGAUGUUACCAGACAUGGAGGAGCUGAUAUCAAUCAACAGAAGGAUGGAGAGCCUGUGGCUAUGGAUCAGACAGAAGAUGGAAGAGAAGGGGAUGGUCAGCCCAGGACACGAAGACCAGUCCAUAUUGAUGUGACACUGGACACAGGAGCUAUGCCUGUACCAGAGACGGCCACACCGGCACCCUCACAGACCCCUUCACAAACCCUAUCACAGACCCCAUCACAAGCUCCCUCACAGGCCCAAAUGUCUCGGACGCAGCAGCCCCUGCCCCAGCCUACCAGUAAUACCACUCCUACUGUGGUGACAGCAGUGGGCGGGGUGACAGGCAUCCCGGGGGUACAUGACUGUAUUCAAUGUGCAAUGGAAGCAGCAGCUCUGGCAAAGGGGGAGAAACGCCCUGUCGGCCAUACUCACCCGGUACAAGGCGCAGGUGAGAACAAGGAGAAUCACAUGACCAACGGUCACCAUAACAGCCACCACCAUGUCCAGAGUGAGCGUCCACACACUAGUGCCGGUCACCACAUAGAGCUCCAGUUGUCAAUCCCUGGGGACACCUCUCUGGACACAACACAUUCCAGUGACACAUCCCAAGCCACCCCCAAAGGGCACCGCUCCUCUGCACGCCAUCAUCCCUCUCCAAGGUUUGGACCAUUUGCUGGGAAAAAAGUUGCAACUGCAAGGGCAAGGCCAUUUAGUGCUGUGGAUGCCUACAGGUACAUUGUAGCUCACCCCAUCCGACCAUCACUGACCGAGAAUGCCUACAACACAUCAUACCAACAACAACGCACAGAGGCCUGGAAACAGUCAGUACAGGCUCGCGCACAGCAGAAUAAAGGUGCAUUAAGUUUUGUCUACGAGGAAAAUGAUGAAGAGACAAAAGAGGAGACAAUUCCGUCCCCAGUUAUUACAGUCCAAACGGCUGUAGUGCAGCCAGACAGUGAGGAAACAGUGGGACAUUGGUCACCGCCACCAGCGAGACCAUCAUCACCAGCGAUGAAAAACAAGGCUGUGUCACGCCCAGGGAGUGCUGUCCUAAACCUGUCUACAGGAAACCAUUGGCUGGCAGGGGGUAGGGAUGUCUACUGGGAAAACUUCAAAAAGCGUCCGAUGUCAGGACAUGUUCCAGGAUGGAAGGAAGGAUUACCAGACAAUAUGCAGCGUCCGAGGUCUGCUGUGGCCUCACGGACAUGGAGCAGAAGAUCUAAGACACCAACACCUGUCACCCCAUCCUCUCUGAUGUAUGAAAGUGUGAUGCAAGGUUACCAGAACCCCUGGUCACUUCCUGAGCUAACUGACCUCUCUGACUACCCCUCCCCCUCCCACCAGUACCCUCAGCCCCGGGCCCUGGGCACGCCCACGCAUGGAUCCGACUUCUACCAUCCACCAGCUCCCGACACUGUCUAUAGGUAGAGCUAGCCAUCAUUCAGUGGCUGUAACCCACCAUGUUUUCCACUGAUCCCUACUAGUUGUGUCCAGACUGACCAAUGCUGACCAAUCACUAAUGUACCUUGUGAUAAAAAAUAAAAAUGUUUAGCAGACAGUCCAGUUAUAGGAUAUCAUAUAAUGGUGGGCGAUUAGUUUUGGUCAGUCUGUCUGGGGUUUAUACCUAACCAUACAUACUGCUGUGAUAUUAAAUUGUGAUAUAGUGGUAUACAUAACAGGUCUAGUCAUGCAUGUAAGUUACCUGCCUUGUAACCCUUAUAUAACUUGUAAUCUCUCACUCAUAUAUAGCUAUUUUAAGUCUCCAUUACCUCCCACUGGUUAGGACAAGGGAGAUAACUCAAAAUGGAUUAUUUCCUGAACCCUACCUAUAUUUACAUUACAAACUGUUUCUGAGUAAUGUUGUUUAUUUUUUUGCUUUUUGUUAGUAUUGACAGGUUUGGUGUACUCUAGAUUGGUUAUUUACUGUUCUCAUUCUAUUGUAGAUAUGCAUUGUUUAUUUAUUUUAUGAAGAAGAAUUGUUUUGGUCUGAAUGGUAUAAUUUUGUAUUUUACUUCCUACUGCUUAACUUCAAAAAAUAUUGUUGGUACAGUGCAUUUCAUUUCUUUGUUUUUCUAGAUUUUGAAUUGCUAUCUUUUUUUUUUUUUUUUUUUCAAACACUCAUUUUACUGAUGCUGACUAUAGUCCAAGGAAAACUCAACAACUGUAACAUAAUAUUUUUUGCAGAUAAAUUUGAUUCUGUUCUGUGAAUGAUUAUAAUCAUGAACUGUUGUAGAUGUUGCUGAUCUAUUUUUACUAGAUGUUCAUAUCGGAGAUCCUAUAAACAGGUCAAGAAAUAUAACUUAAACAUCACUGGUUGUACUGGUCCAAAGUUGAAACAUACAAUUUUUAGUUGGCUAAAUUAACUUAAUUUGUUGCAUCUAAAUUAGAUUGCACUUGCCUUUUUAGGCAAGUUGUCACCAAUAUUUACAUUUACUGGCCUUAGGCCAUCAGAUCUGAGUUUUUUCUAAUCCAGAAACAUACAUGUCUCCAUAAGAAGAGUUGGCAUACAUUUUGUUAGACUUUAACGAUUAAUAAAUGUUUUCUCAAAAACUUGGAAACCCAGUUUUGUGGGAUAGUGAUUUGAAUGUAGGUAUAGCUCUAAUAUAGGCCUAGUGUAAAGGAAUCCCUCUCCACAGCACAUUCUCAUACCCUGGUGGUUAUAGUUGUAGGAUCAAAUUCUGUUGUGCAUUUAUAUUUACGGUGAAAGUUCAAAACAAAUUGAAUUAAUGAAUGAAUUAGAGACUAUGAUGAAGUACAAAUCCAUUCAACCCAAUACACCAUGGUAAUCUGCUGAUACACCACUAUGGACCAAUCAGGAUCAGUAGAUGACUGUAGUGUAUCGGGGGGGGGAGGAGACAGAAUUGGUGUUGUGGAAGAGGGACAACUGUAGCUGGUGGUGGUUCAGGGGUCAAAGGUCGGGGUUGUGGGUACAAAUAUAUGGUGUGGGGGUCAGGAUGGUGCUACUUACUGACCAGAUUGACUGAGACAGGGUAUGAUCACUGAAGUAUGAUGUGAUCACUGAAGCAUCACAUUGUAAUCUAUGGGUGACUCCAGGCUAGGUGUGUGACCACCUUUCGACCAAUUGUGUGCUUUCUGUGUGCUGUGACCUUUGAACUGCCUCCUUGACAACUGUGUGCUGCUUUGCCACACAUAUGGUGGCCAUGGUGAACCCCACCCAGUAGUCCUCGCAGCAGAAGUCCUAAGGUGGUCUACCCAGGCAUGCACUGUAUCUUUGAAUCGCCCGAGCAUGACAAUGACAUGAAUGCCGAUACGCAAAUUUAUUCCUGAUGAUACUUCGGAUAGUGAAGAGUCCUCAGCAUGGAAUGGACUCUGAUGUCAUCAUUUACAUCAGCAGAUGUCUCGCUGUCUAUUGGUUCAUCAGGUUUUCAGCAAGUUAUACUGCCUGUGAAUAGGGUUUAAAGUGUUUUAUGUUAGGACUGAUAUUCAGAGGUCAAAGUUAACUAACUAGAAAUUAAACGUUGAGCCUUGUUAAUCCUACUACCUCUCAAAAUUUGUAAUAAAUAUCUCUAUGUCAUUUGACAUAUGUCAUUUUUCCUAACAAUAAAUCAGACUGGAUUAUCAAGGCUCCACUCUACACCAAUACAGAAAUGAGGUCUCUAAUAAUCCAUAAUCAUGAUAAUGUUAUACAACAUUUGUUUAAAACUCUGGAGCUCUUUAAUUUUCUUUGUUCAAACUGUUGUCAAGAAAUUCAAUUUUUUGUAUUCUAUAUGUGGUAAUGACAAUAGGAACAUUGAGACAUCCUAACUUUGGUUUACACAGCUAGCCUUAACUUCUGUACAUUUUGGUCACAUGGCCACAAACAAAAAAGUCCAUGCAUGUAUAUAAAUUUUUAUAAAAUAUUACUUUGUAUAACGAUACCAUCACAUAAGGUGGUGUCAGAGGUAUGCUUGCCGCUUUUCGUUUAUGUGUGACCUUUGAACUUGUCAAGGGUAGUGUUUAUUUACAUAGUCUUUACUGCGUGCUUGUCUGUCAUUGGACAGAAGGUCGCGGAUACUUAGCAGGUAAAAUGUCUACCGAUGUCAAAGUAACCCUAUUAUUGGGUUUGUAACAUCUAUGUGUUGUUUAUUGUACUUUUUCCCAUUCAGACUAAAUUGUAUUUGUCCAGAUUUUCUUUCACCACUUGUCUGGAAUGCUUUGUCCUGUAUUUCCUUGUUAUUGUUUUACCUGUCCUGGAAUCCUUUGUCCUAUAUUUCCUUGGUAUUGUUUUACCUGUCCUGGAAUCCUUUGUCCUAUAUUUCCUUGUUACUGUUUUACCUGUCCUAGAAUCCUUUGUCCUAUAUUUCCUUGUUACUGUUUUACCUGUCCUAGAAUCCUUUGUCCUAUAUUUCCUUGUUAUUGUUUUACCUGUCCUGGAAUCCUUUGUCCUAUAUUUCCUUGUUAUUGUUUAACCUGUCCUGGAAUCCUUUGUCCUAUAUUUCCUUGUUAUUGUUUAACCUGUCCUGGAAUCCUUUGUCCUAUAUUUCCUUGUUAUUGUUUAACCUGUCCUGGAAUCCUUUGUCCUAUAUUUCCUUGUUAUUGUUUUACCUGUCCUAGAAUCCUUUGUACUAUAUUUCCUUGUUAUUGUUUUACCUGUCCUGGAAUCCUUUGUCCUAUAUUUCCUUGUUUUACCUGCCCCCUUUGUCAGUGUGAUAGCCCUGCUAACAGGGUUUAUAUAGACUGAUUGUUACCAAUGUUCUGUGGGGUUUGAAGGUUAUACAGUUUGUUAGAGGUGACUAAUGUGUGUGCUAGGAUAGUCAGAUACUAACAGAAACAUCUGUUUUGUUUUUUAUUUCAUAGAUCUGUGAUGUAUUCUUUCUUAUCCAUUGUUUAAAGUGCCAUUGUUGUUAUGUGGACCUUUUAGUAACAAACUCCUGUCUCUUGAUAUUAUCACUUAUGUUGAGGUUUACUCUAUUCCUUCAAUGAGCUUCUUGGAGCAUUCAUAUCUGAGAAUUAUCCAUGAGAUAUAAUCCAAUGUCCUAUAAUUCCAAGUGUAUUAGUUGUAUAUUGAGGAUGUUUUCAGUAUAUGCCAUUUUUCUGUAGACCUUUGACCUUUUAUUAAUCUUCUAAUUUUACUGAAAAGGGAAUUAUAUUUCAACUGAUAGUCUGUGUGUUACCUUGUCUGUACAUAUCUUAUAUACUCUCUCAAAUCAGUCCCCAUCUCUUUGAAUAAGUCUCUAUAUCCUUUCUUUUGGUGUUCAUGCUAUAUUUGAGAUCUUUACAACAUGACCUUGUCAGUGACCUUUGAGCUCUAGCUAGUUGAACUGACAUUUUAGUAGAUUGAUAACUUUAAUAAACGACGUUUAGACUGCAGUACUUGAUAUCUGGACUGAAAAAGAUCUGAUAUUUAUUGUUUACAUUUUCUAUCUGUGAUACAAGAUUAGAUUUUAUAGGUUAUAUAUAUGUACAAUGAAAUACUUUUAUAAAGCUUUUACUGUGAUGCCAAAAUUAUACGUUUAUGCUAUAGUUGAUGUUAGUGGGUAAAAAGUAGGCUGCCUCCACACUGGUAGUAGGGGUGUGUGGAGGUGAGCUGUCUCCAUGGUAAUAGACGCGUGGAGGUAGGCCGUCUCCAUGGUAAUAGACGCGUGGAGGUAGGCCGUCUCCAUGGUAAUAGACGUGUGGAGGUAGGCCGUCUCCAUGGUAAUAGACGUGUGGAGGUAGGCUAUCUUCAUCGUAAUAGGGACGUGUCGAAUCGAGGUAGGCCUUAUGUUCUGGUGCCAAAGUUUUUACUUAACCAGUGCCUUCUGCGUUGCUCAUUAUUAUCAUUUUGUUAUUAUUUACAUAUUCAUAGUUUAAUCAUUGUUGUGUUGUUUGUAAAAUUGUUUGUUAAACAGUCAUCCCAUCAAUUAAUGUGGUUAUAUGGUGGUGUCUAAUGGCAUACCUUUUAAUAUAAACAGGUUUUUACUUCCUCUACAAUGUGUAACAAGGUUUAGAAAAAUUACAGAGGAUUCUAUAGUACCUAUUGAGAUAUUGCUGAAUUAUGUAAAUCAAUUACUGGGAGUUGCCUCCCUUAGGAAGGCUUUAGUAAUGGACAAGUUCUAUGAUAUACAUAUGUACCUUAAAAAUUGUAGUCUGUUACUGUACAAAUACUAAGUUUGGCAAUGCAUAAAUUAUCAUAGUAAGUUGAAAAAUUAGGAAAUAUUCAUUCACUCCAAGAAUUGUGGACAGCUGGCUUUCUUUACCAGAAAAUGUAGUUCAAGCCCCAAAUUUAAUCAGUUUUGAAAAACGUCUGGACAAAUUUUGGAGUAAGAUCACAACAUAAAUACUAAUAUAUCUUUGUUUAGAUAUUAUAUAUUGACUGUGAUCUGAAUAUAGAGGCAGUUAUUCCUGUGUUCAGAAUAUACUAAGUUAUACAAAGUUGAAAAUGGACAUAAUUCUAAAGGAGGAAAUGUUCAGACAUUGUCUUUACCAGGUAUGUUCAGACAAUUUCUGUACCAGGUAUGUCCGACCAAUUCCCUAUCUAUUAGAAACUUUACAUUUAAAUGUUUUAAUUAUUUACCUACAAGCACUUUAUUGUUUUAAAUCCAAUUUACAUUCUUGAACAUCUUUUAAUGAAAUUGUUAUUUUUUUUUAUGUUUUUUCCUGCACUUCAGGUACAUAGAUGUAGUUGAAUGUGCACAAUCGAGCAUAUUCUAUUCAGUAAAAUCUUAGGUUUGACCAGAAAUAGAAUUGUAUGGGUAAGCAGUAGGUAUUGGAGGACAUCCAUAACUUGUGGAACCCUAAAUCAGGGUCUUAAAUUAUAUUAUCUCUUGGUGCACUAACCUUUAUUGGUUGACAACAUCAAAUGGAAGUAUUGUUUGUUUGUGAAAUGUUACGUUUGUAUGUGAAAUAUAAUAUUUGCAUGAGGAAUACCAUAUGUUUAUAUGUGAAGUAGUAAUGAAAUAAAGAGUACUAUUUUCA